AUGUUUCGAAAUGCCUAUCAGAGCGGAUUCUUGUCUAUCUUCUACAGUUGCGGGUCAUCUCCUCUGGAAUUAUGGGACAUGCACGUGAAAAAUGGAUAUAUACGAAGGAUCAUGGACGAAGAAAUAAGGUCGUUGGCAUUGGAGAUAGCCGGCACCAACGUGGCAACUACUUACAUUUUCUGUCCAGCAGACCCGAAGAAGGUGCUCGCUAUUAGGUUGCCCUUCCUUAUCAUCAUUAUCAAGAAUAUGAAGAAAUAUUUCACGUUCGAGAUAACGAUAUUGGACGACAAAAAUAUGCACAGGAGAUUCCGCGUGAGUAAUUUUCAGAGCACCACACGUGUCCGUCCGUUUUGCACGUCAAUGCCCAUUGGGCUUUCGGGCGGAUGGAAUCAGAUUCAGUUCAACCUGUGUGACUUCACGCGAAGAGCCUACGGCACGAAUUACGUCGAGACCACCAGGAUGCAAGUCCACGCGAAUUGCAGGAUCAGACGAAUUUAUUUCGCCGACAGGCUUUAUUCGGAAGACGAGAUGCCGGAAGAAUUCAGACUCUUUUUCCCGGUGCACCGGAAGAAAUGCGUGAGGGAGGUGUUGAAAAAACCAGCCGUAGAACUUGAAAAGCCACCGUUCGUUAUUGAGAAAACACCGAGCAUUGAGCCGGAAAUACCGGAAGAGAAACCGAUUGAAGAGCCCGAAAUUUCGAAAGAGGAAGUGGAACCAGACCUGAGAGCUGAAGAGAUAAUCGAUUUGGAAGAUGAGGAGGAAGAAAGAUUCGAAGAGGAAGAGAAGGUAGAAGCCGAAGAAGAGGCUGCGGUUCAUGACGAAGAAGCGGAAGCUGAAGAAGAGGCGGCAGUUGUUGACGAAGAGACAGAAGCUGAAGAAGAGGCGGUAGUUGUUGACGAAGAAGCGGAAGUUGAAACCGGAGUCCUCGAUGAGGAGGAGAAAGCUGAAUUGGCAUAUGAAGAUGAGGUUGAAGAGGAAGAUGCCGAAAACGAGGCGGAUGAAUGAACGGUAUAUGAUUUUCGAUGGGAUGAUUUGGUACUGAUUAUAUUAAUAGAAAGAAAAAGGAUAAUCUUACUCACAAAAACGUAUGUCAAAAGCGUGCAUAAUAAUUGACAUAAAGUUUUGUUUUCGAGACUCGAAAAUUCGACAUGUGAAAAAAUUCUCGCUCCCCGCUUUCGUGUUGCUUUUUAAUGCAGGAUCAUCAUCUUCAAACUUAUAAUACUGUUAA